AAAGCCUGUGGGGGCAGCGGGGGUCCACUAUAAAUCACAGGCUGACCUGAACAGCAGCGGAUUACAGAGACCAGAGAAGUUCAGAGAUUCUACCUGGAACAGAUUAAUAAACCGUCUGACUGUGAAACAUGGCCAAGGUUUUCAAGAAGACCAGCGGCAGCAGCCAGCUGACUCUGCUCCUGGGGAAGAGAGAUUAUGUUGAUCAUGUGGACAAAGUGGACAUUGUUGAGGGUGUGGUGAAGAUUGACCCCUCUGAACUCGGCGACAGGAAAGUCUGGGUGCAGCUGUGCUGCGCGUUCCGUUACGGCCGUGAUGAUCUGGACGUUAUCGGCCUGUCCUUCAGGAAGGACAUCUGGAUCCAUCACAUCCAGCUUUAUCCCGACGCCGGAUACAAGCCCACCCUGACAGAAAUGCACGAGACGCUGCUGAAGAAAUCGGGAGAGCAGAGCUACCCCUUCACCUUCGAGAUCCCCACCAACCUGCCCUGCUCAAUCACUCUCCAGCCUGGACCAGACGAUAAGGGCAAGCCCUGCGGAGUGGACUUUGAGGUGAAGACUUACAUGGCCAAAGCAGCUGAGGAUCCAGACGAGAAAAUCGAGAAAAAGGACACCGCCCGGCUCGUCAUCCGCAAAAUCCAGUUCGCUCCCGACAACACCGGAUCUGGACAGAAGGCUGAAAUCUGCAAGAGCUUCAUGAUGUCUGACAAACCUGUUCUCCUGGAAGCUUCUCUGGAUAAAGAUAUUUAUUACCAUGGAGAGGCCGUCCCUAUUAAAAUUAAGGUCAAGAACGACACCAACAAAGUGGUGAAGAAAAUUAGAAUUACUGUUGACCAGACCACAGAUGUGAUUCUGUACUCCGCGGAUAAAUACACCAAGAACAUUCUGACCGAAGAGUUCAAUGAGACGGUGGAGGCGAAUGCAUCAUUUGAGAAGACCCUGCCCAUCACCCCCGUACUGGCCACCAACAAAGAGAAACGCGGCCUUGCACUGGAUGGACGACUGAAGGAGGAGGACACUAACCUGGCCUCCACCACUAUUAUGCGGCCUGGAAUGGAUAAGGAAGUUCUGGGAAUUCUGGUGACAUACAAAAUCAAAGUGAACCUCAUGGUGUCCGGCGGAGGCCUGUUGGGAGGCCUAACAGCCAGUGAUGUAACAGUGGAGCUGCCUCUGACUCUGAUGCACCCCAAACCCACAGAGUGAAUCCUCUGCACAUCACCAAGUUGAGUAGAUCCUUUGUUUAGUUUCCCUCAGAAGACACACAACAAGACACAGCAGGAGAACUGGAAGAACAUGUGAUCCUCCAGAAGGUUCUAAAGGAACAGCAGACCAAACAGCACGAUACCUCAGCACACCUGCACCGCCGAAAUGCGAGCAGUGGAAUGUCACUCUGCUUCAGUUUUAGCUUUAACAGAAAGUGGGUGCCUUCAGUCACUCAGCUGGAGCAGAGUAGAAUAACUGCACUCCUGUGGAAAAGCAUCACACCUUGCGCACUUCAGACACACUCACGCUUCAGACAUUCGCGCUUCAGACAUUCACGCUUCAGACACACUCGCGCCUCAGACACACUCACACUUCAGACACACUCGCGCUUCAGACACACUCACACUUCAGACACUCGCGCCUCAGACACACUCGCGCUUCAGACACACUCGCGCUUCAGACACACUCACACUUCAGACACACUCACACUUCAGACACACUCGCGCCUCAGACACACUCGCGCCUCAGACACACUCACACUUCAGACACACUCACACUUCAGACACUCGCGCCUCAGACACACUCACAUUUCAGACACACUCGCGCCUCAGACACACUCGCGCUUCAGACACACUCGCGCCUCAGACACACUCACACUUCAGACACACUCGCGCCUCAGACACACUCGCGCUUCAGACACACUCGCGCCUCAGACACACUCACACUUCAGACACACUCACACUUCAGACACUCUACAUGCUACAUGCUACAUCCAUCUUCUAGCCUGAUUAGCGCAGCUGUGCUACGUUUCCACAGUGUUUGCCGUCCCUUCAACUUACGUAACCUAAACUACACCACAGCCUGUUUGUCUGAAAGGCCCAGUUUUCUCACUGUAGCACAAUUAGCUUCCUCUCCUAAUGGAAAUUGUUCUUUUGUCUUUGUUUGUUGACUGAUUUUUUGAACGUGCCGUGUGAUCAUUGUUUAGUCGUGUGUUUAGUGAAACCCCUCAGUGAUCAAACUCACACCAACAUGUGAUUUUAUUGUUUGUUUUAUCACAAUGUCACAGGACCAAACUGGAAAACAUGUAAUAAAAAAAAUAAAACUCUGAAACACA